UUAUUUUUUGAUUCAGAACAGUGUUUAUUUUGAUUAUUGUUUCUUGAUAAGGUAUUUUUGAACCCCGUUCAUUGUACAUUCUUUCACUCCCAAGAAGACACGAAAGUUCUUUGAAAACAAGAUGUGCAUGCAGGUUAAUGAAGAGCAAGGUUUCCUCUCGUUUCCCGGUUAUCGUUUUUACAGUCGUAAAGCUCGAUUUUGAAACUAGUGAGCGCUUUCUCCAGUGGGUCAUGUACUAGCUCUCGUAAGGUCUCUCAUGAAUGACUUGAAACCCUUUGAGAGGACAACAGGACAAACAACAGAAACAAUGCCCCGUGGCCCCAAAACAAUAACAGCUGCUGCAAAGACGACAAAUAGAAUUACAAGCUUACGAGAGCUGUUACACUACCUCCUAGUAUACAAAAAAUCUACUUGCAUACACAAGGUUACAGCAGUAACAGGCAUUAAACUUCUGAAUCGAACGACUAUUUGUAAGAAACGUUUCAUUCAGGCCCUUUUCUCUCCUUUAACAGAUGACGAGGACCCCAGCGGUGAUUCGUUAGUCGAACCACUCGUUUUCGUGGGUUCUGAAGAUCACAACAUGUACGCACUAAGCGCCGCAAACGGAAACGUCAUCUGGAAAUACCGAACUCUUGGCAAGAUCCUGUCAUCUGCGGCUCUCAGCCAGGACGAAGAGAUUGUUUACUUUGGUUCCAACGAUGGCAACGUGUAUGCCCUUGCUGCGGCCGAUGGUUCUCUCGUUUGGAAAGUGAAGACCGGAGGUGCUGUCGUGGCAAGCCCAACCGUGGCUGUGGACGGAACAGUUUAUGUCGGGUCCCAGGAUAAAUUUGUCUAUGCGCUGGAUAGCAAAGGCGAGUUCGCUUUGUGGACUACAAAUCUUCAGUGUCCCAUAUGGGGUGCUGUUACAGUAGACAACAAACGAGGGCUGUUAUUCACCGGGUGUGCCUCGGAUAAAUCGAACACUUCGGACUCACAGGACGCAUCUCAUAUUUUCGCCUUAAACGCUAAGUCGGGUGAGAUCGUUUGGAAGUUCGACAGUGCCGGAAGCGUUUAUGGCUCACCCGCUCUCCUGCCCGGCGGUCGCACCGUCUUCUUUGCUUCCCUAGACCAUAACAUCUACGCUCUUGACCGCGAAACUGGUAAGCUGUACUGGUCAUGUGACACGGGUUCUGAAGUGGAGUCUUCUCCAGUGGUGAGUAAGUUAGAUGGCACACUGUACGUCGGCUUGAUCAAGGAUCAGUUGAUUGCUGUCGAUACCAUCGAUGGACCUUUGGCGGGAAAAAUCAAGUGGACAGUGAAUACUGGCGGGGAGGUGGUGUCGUCACCUGUUAUCACUGAGGAUGGGAGGGUGUUCGUUGGAUCAGGCGAUGGUCGUGUCUUGGCUCUCAAACAAACCGAUGGUUCCCAUAUAUGGUCUCCAACAACACGUGACUACAUCGUGGCAUCGGUGGCAGUAUCACGUGAUAACGUCGUGUACGCCGCGAGCUCGGAUAAGUUCGUGUACGCGUUGCAUGGCGACGACGGGUCGGUUAUUUGGAAGUUUGAAACUGGCGCUGGUGUUGUGGCCACUCCAGUUCUUUUCCCAGAGCAUGCUAUGCCGGUUGGAUAAAACGUCUUCUGACUGCAGCUUAUAGUUCUUUUUAGUAGUGAAAUCCUUAACGGAGUUACCUAACGUCACGGUUCACGCAUCUUGAAAACUUAAGCCUAAAUUUUUCAGGUUCGUCGUCUGUUUGUUCCUUUAUGGUUUGUUAUUAUCUCUUUGAUUUUUUUCUAUCUAAGUAAACUACUAUACUCGGGUUUCCUUCAAAUAAAAGGUAAUUCUGUAUGUAGCAAAAAUAACUCAAAAUACCAUGACUGAGCUCCUUUAAUAUCGUGAAGCGUAGAAUAUGACACGCUAAAGCGGACAAAAAUACAUCCUUAAAAUAGGUAACACUUGUUCUAUAAAUUAUUUAAGAAUAUUCUUAAUAUAGAAAAUUUGUUGUUUCUCUGAUAUAAGACGUGUUUCGUAUAUAUAAAACUUGAUGUAAAUAAUGAGCACUUCUUCCCAAAUAAACACAUCUUUUUAAUAUACAAUUAUACUUUCUUAAAAUGUGUACGGACAGGUGCUUGUUCUAUGUGUACAGAUUGACAUAAAUAUUUAAAAGUUUUAUCAAAAUCCGCCAUUCCUCGCACAAAUAUAGGACUUGCUUCAAGUUUUACGUAUUUAGAACAAGUGUCAUAUAUUUUAAGGAAGUAUUUUUGUCCACUUUGACGUGUCACACUAGAAAUUCAACAGUAUUCAUUUUAUACUCUAACCUAGCCAGAACUCGAACCCAGGACCAGUGAGUCGCAAGAAACGGACUUCCGUCAAAAAACCGUAAGAGUAAAGGUUGGGAUUCAUUCUGGAAGAGAACCUUUAUGUAAGUUUUGUUUACGGAAAUGAAACCUUUUACACUAAUUAUCCCAGCUUCUAGUAAAUUUACUUAAUUUCAUCUCGCCUGUGAUCGAUAACGACAAAUUAGCUUUUCAGAGACGUUUCUGGCGCUCACAGUAUAACUCAUAUCACUGUAACUAAACUAGAAAUAUAAUGUAACCAACCUGUUAUUUAAUUUAUAAAAACAGACUUAACUUACCUAAAGAACGCUAUAUAACAUAGUUCAGCCAACAAAGAACAGAUAAAAUGCGAGUAAAAUGUUUUCAUAGAGGAAUUUUACUUAAUAUAUGGACAGAACAAACUUCCGAAACGUACAGUCAACAAAACCCUAACAGUCUUGUUGGCCCUCGAUAUCGGAGUUUGAUUUCUGAGUCUAUCAGUGCCGUUGCAAAGAACGAUAAAGAUAUUUAUUUUAAGAGUUAUUACCUUCAAUGUAGAUUAAGUCUAAACUAUCAAGGUUUGGUUUAUACCACGCAAGUGAAUAGUGCUUUUCUCGCGUUCUGAUUGGUUAACUCGAAAGUGAUAAGCAAAGUACAAUUCACUUCUGAGCAGCCAAAGAAUAACAAAAUGGCUUCCGUUUGCUUCGGUUACCGAGGAGCAAAUAAUCAGUGCAUUUGGUUCGGUAGUUGUUAAGCUUGUAAGGUAUAUACUGAAACAAUUAUUCACCUCGCUGUCGGUGAAAGUGGAGGAUAUUUUCCUCCACUUCGGUGAGUAAUUUUCAACUAAUAUCACGUUUAACUGAUCGUUGCAAACUGAUGAUUGAGAAGUUUUCAAGCAGAUUUGACUGCGUUGUUGAGAUAUUUAAAAGUUGUUUCUGUAAUCAUUCGACUUAGAUGUAAAUCUAAAAAACACUCUACCCUAAGAAGAAAUGAACGUUAAUUGAAUGAAAUUAAAAACGCAAUGAUUUACCAUA